AUGAAGUGGCUGGAUUUUGACUGGAUGGUGUGGGACGAGACACUGCGUCUGCUGGCAGAAGCAUAUGCGGCAAAAUGCAUCUGGGAUCAUAACCCUCAACUAAAGGAAUUCAGAAUGGGUGAAAAUCUCUUUUUAGGCACUGGACCAUUUAAUGCAACCAAAGCAAUGAUGGACUGGUUUGGAGAGCACGCGGAUUAUGACUUGGAAACCAAUAACUGUCCUGAAGAUAAAAUGUGUGGCCAUUACACUCAGAUGGUCUGGGCAGACAGCAAUACAAUUGGCUGUGCUGCGCAUUUCUGUGACAAACUUGAGCAUCUGGAUUUUGAGAAGGCCACUCUUUUCGUGUGUAAUUACUACCCUCAGUAA